AUGCAGGGCCCAUCGUGCGUCAAGCGGAAGUACGACCAUCGAGGACAAGCAGCAGCUAUGCAGACCAGCCGGCCGCCUACCACUAAGGCCAGAAAGAGCAGAACCCUCAUAUCCUUAAGUUCGAACCGGCCCUUGAGCGAUUACUCAAACGACUUGAUUCGCAAAGCCGCAAAACGCACCGAAGAGUGGGUCAAUCGGCCAGCAGCUGUUCGGUGGAGAGAGACGGCGCAGCGAGGCGGAUAUGUUGCGAGACCUCUCAACUCGUUCAUGCUGUAUCGCUCAGCAUACAUCACAGAGGCGAAGGCGCGCUACUCUAAGCCCAAACCACGAGAGCUCUCGACCAUUGUAGCAGACAGCUGGCAUAGAGAGUCCCACGAAGUGCGCCAGGCGUACGCCGCGUAUGCAAAGAUCGAGCGCCGUAACCACCACGAAGCGUAUCCCAAAUAUAAGUUUUCUACGCAAAGAUUGAAGAUGAAGAAAGAAGACACUAGCCCAGAAGAGGAGCUGAGGACGAUCUCUGGGGCUGCAUGCAGCUGUGAUAGCUGCUGGCCCGCGGCGGCCAUGAGCAAUAACCAAGCUUGGGACACGACCCUGAGCACCAAUACGAACGCUUCUGUGUGCUCGCCAGCGCCUAGUGACUUCGCGGCAUGGCAGCCGAUUCUUCUGCCAAUGCAGCCGAUUCUUCUGCCAAUGCAGCCGAUCCUAUGGCAAGACCAGUACGGCAACCAGGUAGCAGGAAGCAACUUUCCCUGGCCGAGUGCGAUGACUCCAUCCUUGUUUCUGGGGCCAUCCAGCGCAACGUGGGAGCCCCCAAUGGGCAGCAUGGCUUUUCCGAGAAUGCCAACUACAAACGACCUGCCUGUUGUGGACUCAUCGUGGAGCGGGGCAGAGAUGCCGGCGGGGACCGGCAUAUUUUCGCGCAUCUUUUUCGCCAUGUCAAAGAGUGGGAUUUCCAACUUUGACACACCUAAAAAGGCUCGCAUUAAGGGUGCAGCUGAGUUCAUGGAUGCAAAAGGUAUACCAUACUUACAUACUGAUCUCUUCGCUUUCAACCACGUCUCUAAGCAACAAGGAUGGGCUAUAUUGAAGGAGAAGGGAGUAGAGCACGAUCGGACGCAUCAUAAUGAUCCUACAACCGAAGAAAAGCGCGGAAGAAAGCCAAAGUUGAGCCAGAAAGACCUGGAACGUUGCGACAGAUUCCUUCAAGAUGUCGGAUGGGAUGGAAGAGUCCUGACGUGGCCACAACUUGCAGAGGAGCUUCAGCUCGACGUUUCUGGCAACACUCUUCGCUCCGUGCUCGGUUCUAUGGACUAUCACAAGUGUAUUGCAUGUACAAAAGGCUGGGUUUCAAGGAAGCUUGCGAAGAAGAGAGUUGAACAUUCUGAAACGAUGCUUGCACUCAAACCUACCGCAGAAGACUGGCGAGACGUACGCUUUUCAGAUGAAGUACACUGCCGUGUAGGUCCUCAAGGCAAGCUUCGGAUUAUCCGGAAGCCUGGGGAGCGUUACUGUAGUGACUGUAUUCAAGAGCAGCUGAAUCGAGAUGAUGAACGAACGUGGGAAACCUCGCACAUCUGGGGCGCUGUUGGCUACAACUUCAAGUCAAACCUCACGUUUUACUCAAAUCCAACCAACCGAAACGGCAAGCUCUCUCUUCAUGUGUAUCGGGAUCAAAUCCUGGAGCCUGUGGUGAAGAAAUGGGUCCAAAAUGAUCCCCCCUUUAUCCUAGAAGAAGACAACGAUUCCGGGCAUGGAGGUGGAAGCUCUUCCAACAUUGUAGCCACCUGGAAACGCCAGAAUAACCUCGAUUUCUUCUUCAAUUGUUCGAAUUCUCCUGAUCUUUCACCCAUAGAGAACUGCUGGCAAGUGAUGAAACAACAUCUCAAGAAGUUUCCGCACUGGGAUGAGUUCGAAACGAGAGAACUGGCCUCCGAGGGAUGGCAGAAAGUAUCACAAAGCUUCAUCAAUGAGCGCAUUAAUCAGAUGCCAGAAAGACUGCAAGCUUGCAUUGAUAUGGAGGGUAGAAUGACUGGUUACUGAAGAAAAACGGGAUGAAAACACACCCUGAACGCUCUGUUGAGCUACAACCCCAAGAAAAAGUCUGUAUACAGCUUUCAUAUACAAUUGCAAAGCUUCAAGC